AUGCUGUCGAUAUUACGGAAAGCACGUUUGAAGGACAAGGAGAUGCGCAUCUUGAUGCUGGGUUUGGACAAUGCUGGGAAGACGACUAUUGUCAAGAAGAUCAUGAACGAAGAUGUCAACAGUGUCAGCCCUACUCUUGGCUUCAUUAUCAAGACGAUCGAGUACGAUGGGUACAAACUGAACAUAUGGGAUGUUGGCGGACAGAAGACGCUGCGCACGUAUUGGAAGAACUAUUUCGAAAAGACAGACACGCUCAUCUGGGUGGUUGAUGCAACGGACCGCGAGCGAAUUGACGACUGUCGGCAGGAGUUGGCGGGGCUGCUGCUAGAAGAGCGUCUCUCAGGCGCCAGCCUACUUGUCUUCAAAAACAAGAGCGACGUGCCUGGCUCCAUGAGCGAGGAUGAGAUACGCGAGGGACUGCGACUCGACGCCAUCAAGACACACAAAUGGCAUAUUAUGACUUGCAGUGCCAUGACGGGCCUGAACCUGCAGCAGGGCCUUGAAUGGGUGGUACAGGACGCAAAAGCGCGACUCUUCCUGUAUUGAUUACCGUCGGCCAAACACGACAUGUUACUGCAUCGGACGGAUGUAUGUGCAAGGGGCAACGCAGCCCAAAGGCUAGCUACGGGUAGUGCAGCGGUAGUCUGAACAAGCUCCAACCGCUCAUGUGGGAGCUUCGCAGCUGGAUUUGACGGCAUAAACAAACAUGCAUU